UUCAAAUUUAUAACAUGUCAUCUCAAACACAAACAAUAAUAAAUUCUUUUUUAUUUUUAAAAUUAGAGUUUUUUUACGUAUUUAUGAUUAUUCAAUUCUUUCUAAUUUAUUUUAACGUUCAACUCUAAUAUUCCAAUAUAAUCUAAAUGGGAAUAAUUUUUUUUAUUUCAACCAUUACUACACUGCACUUCGGCUCUGGCCUCCCCAUCCUAUUGAACAAUACAAUUCACCUCUUCUUCCACAUCCAUUCUCAGGUCGAGUAUUUAAUUACUCUAAGGGCCCUUGAAUUUCACCAUAGUGAUGCCAGUCAUGGCAGAAGAAGCUGAAACAAGCAUCUCAGCAGACACAGAUGAUGGAAUUCCAGAGAAAGAUGCAAAUGUUUUACAGUUCCUUGAUUCAUUGGAUAGUUAUCUUACUCUAAUGGACAAGCUAUCUUCAAAACUUCGCCAGGGCAAUCUGGAGUUGUCAAGUGCUCGACUUUCAAUGGGCACAUCACGCAUCAAUAGCACAUUGCUUGACCUCAAACCACAUUCUGCCGCAACUGGAUUAGAUGUCGAGCAUGUUGAAGGAUCAGGGGAUGGUCAUGUGUGCUUCAAGUUAUGCAAGUGGGCCUAUUCUGCUAGUCCAGAAAGUCCAUCUAUCAAAAGUAAAUCUGUGGAGGAUGACUUGUUGCAUGAAACACAAGAGAAGAAGCCAGAAAAUAACGGGUCUCCUUGUGCACUUGAUGACAUGGCCAAGCGAGAAAGAUCGAAAUCACUAUCUAUGUUUGGAAUGCUGGUUUCUCCAAAGCUUCGUGCUGCCCAACUUUCAUACGAGACAGGUGAUCAAAUUAGCCCUCUACCUAAGGUUCACAUGUUUUCCAGGAUAAUGUUGCGGCAACGUGCCUUUCAUAUUUUUAAUGAAUACAAAAUUCUCAACACCUACCAAUGUUUUUUCUUCAAAACUUUUUUUAAUAUGUGUAGAUAGUGUCUCCAUCUAGUCUUUAAAAGCCUCUUUUUUCCCGGAAUCACAUUAGGACUUAAUUAUGGUAAAACAAAAGUUUUCGAGUAUCGACAUCCCAUAUAUGUAUUUCCCUUACUUUCCAUCAUUUCCUUCAUGUUAUUGACUUUUUUAUGAGGCUUAAUCUUUUUUUUUGUAGCUCUGGAUACUAUUAUAGAAAUAGCAAACACAAGAAUAUCCUUGCUGCAGGCUUACAAUCAAGUGGCGGAAGAGAUUAAAAUUACUCCAAAAGACUAGAGCUUCGAGCUCAUGUUUUCAGCUGAUUGUCAAGAUCUAACCCUGCAUAACUUUUAAACUGGGAGGAAUUCAGUUUUCUGUCUUCCAAGAUGAAAUUAGAGCAUUUAAAGGUCCAUACAAAUUGCUGGCUAUUGGCAUUAGAGCAUUUAGAAUUCUUGACUUUCUCGUGACACAGCAGCGGCAAGACCAGCUUUUUCUGUAUGACAGUCACUUGGAAACAAUUUAUAAUGCACAAUUUCAUUUGUGUAAAGAUCUGUGCUGAAGCGUCGCAUUGGAUUUUUUGUUGGGGGUUGCAUAUGAUUAUAAUAUUAAGAAAUUGUGAUUUAAUAG